AAGCCAAGGUGUUCUUCAAUUUUCUGAGAAGCUCUCAUCAAAUCGUUCCUUCACUCCUCGAUCGCAUCUCUCUGUCUUUCUCUCUGGUUCUGCCAUGGACGACCUUCCCGUGGAGAGGAUAGCAAUAUCGGGCCCAACCCUAGCCUCCCUGAUGCAACGGUUUUCCUCCUCAUCAGGUCCCAUCGACGGUCUCCUCUUCGGCCACGUGUCCCUCCUCACACCCUCAACCCUCUCGGACGAUUCCUCCACCACCAACACCUCCUCCUCCUCAGAAACCCUAAUCGCUACAGUCACCUCCAUCCUCUCCUCCUCCUCCACCUCCCUCUCCUUCUACUCCCCUCCGGCCGUGUCAACCCUCUCACCUCGCCCCUCCUCCUCUUCCUCCCUCCUUGGCUGGUUCUCUGCUCGCCGCAAAUCUCCUCUCCGUCCCUCCAUGCGCGAAUUCUCCGUCUCCGAAUCUCUCUCCUCUCUGCCCAACCUUUCCUUCCCCAUCCUCAACUCCUCCUCCUCCUCCCUCUCCCCUUGCAUUUUCCUCCUCCUCACCACUCCGAUCCCUGACCAAGCCAUACACACUCACGAGUACCGUGCGUACCAAUUCCGCGCCUCCACUGAAUCCUUCGACCCCAAGUCCGUCGACAUCGUCAAUAUCGGCCCCGCGUUCCGUGGCCACUACGGCGCUUUUAGCCCUAACUCCAACUUUCCGUCAUUGGCCUGCGAGUUGAGGAGUUCAGCCAUGGUUGAGGACAAGAAGGACGAGGAAGAGAGCUCGAGUCGGGUUAAGCAGGCGGCCGAGGACCAGAGGCUUCUCGAUCAGUGUGCCGAAGGGUUCGAGAUCGGGAGAUUGAGUCGGCUGAUGGGUUCCGAGGCCACCAAUUAUACGACCGGGUUGGAGGAUUUGUACGAGAAGAUGCUCGCCAAGAUCGAGAAAUUGGCGAGGGAAGUGGAGUUGAGCUCUGCUAAGGUUUUUGAGCAGGAAAAUCACAAUAGGAAGUUGAGGCAGAAAGCUGCUCGGUACGCUGGAUCAGAGUAACUUCCAUAGCCUUGGCGUCUAUUUUUAUUAUUCUAUACCAGGCCUGUCACUAUGUUUUUCGGAUACAGAAAGUGUUAAUAUCGUGCUGCUACAUAGAUGAUCUAGUCAAAAUGCCAGUGUUUUAGGUUCUGGAUUAAGGGAUUAUCAUCUUGAUUGAGCAGUUUUCCGGUUGUGAAAAGAUAUCUAAAACAGAUAUUGUGUGUAGUCCAUAAGCACCACUUAAUCUGGUCAGUUUCAGGGAUUAUCUUAUGCUCUACUUUGCAUCUAGCAAUUGUCUAUGUGGAACAACCGUGCUCUCCUUGGGGAAGGGAAUAUCACUGCAUCUAAAAUUUUUGCUAAGGGGGAUAUUUGGUGCCCGAAAUCCUGAUGCAACUUCUUUUUUAGAUUUAUUUAUUUCCUUUCUUUUUUAUUGUAAUUCAUUAUUAUUGGACUUUUUGGGAGGGAUUGGUGUUCGCAUUGUUUGUACAUGAGGUUUCCCCCUUCAUGCUAUUAGUUCUUUUUUUACUUAUCCAUAAAGUAAGUAUUUGAUGCCUGAAAACUAUAUUUGGGCCCUUUGGGGGGAUUAGAGGGUACGGAGAGAGAAGCCACCAUACCAUAAAAAU